ACUGCGCCUGCGUAGGCAGGUGGGGCAAAAUGGUUGCUGAGCUUGGCAUGCGGAUCUUUGGGAUCCGACCCGGAACCGGGCUGGUUAGCAUGAUGCGGACCCUUCUACUGCUGCUGUGGUUUGCGGCCCGCGGGAGUGCACUUUACUUCCACAUCGGGGAGACAGAGAAGAAGUGCUUUAUUGAAGAGAUUCCGGACGAAACAAUGGUCAUAGGAAAUUACCGAACACAGCUGUAUGACAAGCAGCGCGAGGAGUACCAGCCGGCCACUCCGGGGCUUGGCAUGUUCGUGGAGGUGAAGGACCCAGAGGACAAGGUCAUUCUAGCCCGUCAGUAUGGCUCUGAAGGCAGGUUCACUUUCACCUCACAUACCCCCGGUGAACACCAGAUCUGUCUUCACUCCAAUUCCACCAAGUUCUCCCUCUUUGCUGGAGGCAUGCUGAGAGUUCAUCUUGACAUUCAGGUGGGUGAACAUGCCAAUGACUAUGCAGAAAUUGCUGCUAAAGACAAGUUGAGUGAGUUGCAGCUGCGCGUGCGACAGUUGGUAGAACAAGUGGAGCAGAUCCAGAAAGAGCAGAACUACCAGCGGUGGAGAGAAGAGCGCUUCCGGCAGACCAGUGAAAGCACCAACCAGCGGGUGUUGUGGUGGUCCAUUUUGCAGACCCUCAUCCUUGUGGCCAUUGGUGUCUGGCAGAUGAGGCAUCUCAAGAGUUUCUUUGAAGCCAAGAAGCUGGUGUAGCCAUCCCAUGCCUCACAGGCUAUCUUUCCUCUUAAGCGGGAGGGAAAGGACUUCCUGGAACUGAUUCUCUCUGGCAGGAGGACUGGUUCUCAGCCAUAGAUGUUCUUGAGGGGAGAGAGGCCGCAAGUACCCCCAGAUACAAGCUGAGGGCAACAGCUUGGCUGGCUAAUACCGCGCGGGUGAUGGGGCAAGUGCCUGCCCUCUCCCUGGCCUCUGGACCUUUUGCAGUAAUCACCAGGGGUUGGUAAAGCCAGUGGGAACUCCACUGGCACUUUAUAAUCACAGUGUUACUGAUCAGGGAUGUGAGGCUGCUGUCUGGGGUAAAUGGGGGGAGGGGAAUGGGUGGGCAGGCAAACCUUCUGUCUUCCUCUGCUAAGCUGGGAUUUUGAGCAGGCUGGGAUGUGUCUGUGAUUCCUUGCCCCAGAAACUUUGCCAUUCUCUCCUUUUACCUAGACCCAGCCUGCUGAUCCAGAGUGUGCAUCAAUUGAGGGUGGGGUGGAGGGGGCUGCAUUGCAGGGAACUGGCUGUGAGGUUGACUUUGGCUUUGUCAUGUGGUUGUCCUUUCUGGGGCUUAAGGGACUAGUGUCAGGCCAAGCAGAGGCCUUGGUGCUGGUUGGGGACAGGGCCUGCAGAAUCUUAGUUACAGAUUUCAUUUUCAUUGAGUCUAGGUUUGUUACAUUUGUUUCCCAAUUAAAAAAAAAUUGACUUCUU